GCCGGAAGCAGUACUGAAGAACCAGCCGCGGAGUCUGCGUUGAGUCCACCGUAGCUCUGCCGACUGGAGGGAUGUGACCCCGGAACAGGACGCCCUCCUACAACAACACACCAUUCAAACAGAACACAGAAGAAAGUAAAGCUGGACCAGGAGGGAGCUACAGGAGCAGGGGGGAUGAACCGCGAGGAGGCGCCAGGGAAGUCUCCUGAAGACAUGUACAUCCAACAGAAAGUGCGGGUCCUGCUCAUGCUUAAAAAAAUGGGAUCAAAUCUUACACCAAGUGAAGAGGCUUUCCUCCGGAAUUACGCAGGUGUGGUCCACAGUCAGAUGAGCCAGCUACCACAGCAUAACAUAGACCAGGGUGCAGAGGAUGUGGUGAUGGCAUUCUCAAGGUCAGAGACGGAGGAUCGGCGACAGUGACCUUGGCCCCCCCAUCCCUCACCCCAUCCUGUACAUGAUCCACAACAACAUACAACUCCACAAACACAACACUGAUGAGCUCAGGAGAAGAAGGGCGCCUACGAGGGGCAGAGGAGGGGAGGAAAAGACACACAUGUGGCUGCUUCACUCUUCACCCGGCCUUUUGUACCCUGCCCUUUCCUCACACAAGUUGGCACACUAUUACCUGAGAUGCCCUCAAGUGGGUCACUGUGGGCUGAAGCCAGGGCAACGAGGCAGGCGGUGAAAACACUCGCUAAUUGUGUGGAUAAUUAUCAAAUGUAGUUUUGGAUUUUUUUUGUUUUGUUUUGUUGUUUUCCUUCCUUUAUGGCAGGGGGGUUAGGGUUGGUUUUGCUUAGUAUUGUUUCGUCUGUGUCAAGAUGUCAGGCAGUGUUACGAAUUAUAUCUGCUACGGCUGCUGGAGGAACCAAUCGGCAGUUGAUUGAAGCAAAGAGAAAUAUAGUGAGUGAGGAGAGAUUUUAAUUAUUUCUGCUUUCACCCUAUCUGGGCUGAAGUUGUUUUUGAUUUAGCUGUCAUCAUGUAAAGGCUUUGUUCAAUAUUCUGUCCAUCAGGGGCUUCAUUUUUUUAAUACAUUUAAAGAAGCAAGACAGAUAUUUACUCCAUCACCAACACAGAUGGUGUGUUAUAGAUAAAAUUUGAUUUAAAUCAACUUUUUUAACCAAUGAUGAAGCACAAAUUUCUGUUGCAGAAUCCAGACAGGCCCAUCAGGAGAAGUAAAGCUGCGUUGAUCUUUGAUACUCAUCCAUCGUUCUUUGCUUUAUCAAUAUCUAACUGCAGCACGGUUGCAGGUAUUGAUAGCAGCCUCAGUCGGAUGCUGCUCCUUGCUGAUGAUUUUAUUAGUUUUUCAAUCAAACCAGAAAAUGGAACUAAAACAGAGCAAUUUAACCCAACCGGGUCAGUUUUCUCUUAUGUUUUAUGAUCUAUAACACUGCAAAUCAUGUCCAGAUUAAGUAUUGGCAGGUUGAUAUCAACCCUCACAACAAAGAUGGGAUUAGUCAUCGAUGUUGAGUCAAGAAGGUGGGGGCAACAGGUCUCCUGGAACAAUCAGUGCGAUGUAUAAACAGAUGCUGUGUUAGGGCUGAGGUUUAUUUUGGUCUUUAUAUGUGCGUGAAAACUGCACGGAGUGUUAUACAUGAAGCCCCGCUCUUUGUUCUGCUGCUUUAUUUUUAAGUCUUUUGAGUGUGUAACAGUGCUUUUCUCAUGAGGCAGAGCACAGGAAUGACAGACACUACCAGACAUAAUCACAUGAAACACAGGUGUACACAUCCUCCCCACACACAUACUAGUUUUGGGUAAUUGUGACAUGUAAAACCUUUUUCUUAUUUUAAUUGUACAUAUAGUUGGGAAUUUAGAAAAAUGAAUUAAGUGUGCCAAUUGUAUUUUUUUUUAAUGUAAGUUAAAAUCACCAUAGCUGUUCAGACAAGCUGUAGAUGUAAUUUAUUAUUUCCUGAAUUGACGCCCUGUUUCUGAGACACAUCAUUACAUUAGACAGUGGAAUCCAAACACGAGCCGCUCUUUAAUUAAAUUAGCAGAGGUGGCUCUUUAUUCACAAUAAAGUCACACAAACUCUAAUUUUUAACUACCUGUAACUGAAGACAUGAAGCCAAACAUCAGAACAAUGUGCUAUUUCUGACUGUACUGUAUCUCUUGCACUAUUAUCAGUGGGAUAUUUGCAAAAAAUACAUUUAAAUAUUUAGCACAGAGAUUCUAUGUUUGGUUCAGUUGGUGAGAAAAAAACUUUGUAAACUCUUUUUUAUUCCUUCAAUGAUUUACAGAAAAAGAAUCUGUUAUAAUUGACACAACUGGACUAUGAAUGAUUAAAUAUUUGUUAAAAACAGGCUUUUUUUUUGUGACUUGCUCAAUAUUUAAAGUGUUUUAAGUACCGGUAAUUAACUUGUGAAUGAAUUGUUUUUCAGCCGAGCAUGUCUGCUUUGUGGUUUCUGUUAAUUUAGCUGAGGAUCUUUGAAGCCUUGCCACAGUGACCAUUGUUUGUACAUUCUUUGCGUCUGUUGAAGCUACUAGCUACUUUUAAAAUGUUUCUGGGAAAAAAAAAAUAAAUAUAAAUUGUAUGGGCAAGUGUUAUCUGUUACGUUGUUGGCAAUAAGUUCUAUUUGAAUGUCUUCAACAACAUCGCAAUAUAAACAGCCAACAGAUCAUCGCUGUUUUGUUAGUUUACUUUUGUUUUAUAACAUUUUUUAUUUGUCUAUGCAUUUUUUAUUUCUCUUAACAGGUGUCUUACUGUACAUUUUACCUUUCAAGGUUGAAUUGCAGCCUUCCAUUGAAUUGUGAAUGAAUGUGUGUGUGUGUGUGGCAUCAUUGUUAAACUUAAAUUUUCAGCAUGCUGUUGAGUCGGAGUGAGGAUUGUGUAUCUUUUUACUGUGAUGGCCUGUUGUUGCCUAAUUGGGUUUAUUUUGUUUUGGGUUUUUUUUUUUUUGUUUUGUUUUUUUUGUCUUGGCUUUGUAUUUUAUUUCCCCCCUCAGUUGAAAUUGAUAAGUUGGUUCUGUUUUGUAUGGCUGCUGACCAUGUCUUGACUUAAUGCUUCCAAAUCCUAUACCAACUGAACCAUUAAAUAACUUUUAAACAGUGAAAA